UUUAUUGAAGUUUUAAAAACGAUAUAGAUUUGUUUUUAUUUUUUAUUUAAAGAAAAAAAAAAAAAAAACAUUCGCAAAGAAAUCAUGAAUCAACGACGAGUGUCCUUUGAUAAGCCCACCCGUUUGGAAGGCUCUUAUAUAGCGGAAGGUGUUGAGAUUCAGGAAGCUCGUAAUACUUGUCUCUUGUUUUCAACAAAGGAGCAGGAUAGCGGCGCUUUAGCGGAAAUGUUGAAAAUUUUCAAAAAACAUAACGUGAAUCUGGUGCAUAUUGAGUCGCGUUCGUCUUUACGCAUUCCAGGUUAUGAAUUCUUUGUUGAAUGUGAUGGUAAAUCAAUUGGUUUGGGUAAAGCCAUCGAAGAAUUACGUGAUCAAUGCAGUUACUUUAACGUGAUAUCACGUGAUUAUAAAGAUAAUUUGUCGGCCGUUCCUUGGUUUCCACGAAGAAUACGCGAUUUAGAUCGAUUUGCUAAUCAGAUAUUAAGUUACGGUGCCGAGUUGGAUAGCGAUCAUCCUGGAUUUACGGAUCCAGUUUACAGAGAAAGAAGAAAACAUUUUGCUGAUAUUGCCUAUAACUAUAAAUACGGCCAACCUUUGCCACAUGUGGAAUAUACCAAAGAGGAAAUUGCAACUUGGGGUAUCAUUUUUAGGGAAUUAACUAAACUAUAUAAAACUCAUGCUUGCAAAGAGUUUAAUCAUGUUUUCCCAUUAUUGGUGGACAAUUGCGGUUUUCGUGAGGAUAACAUACCGCAAUUGGAGGAUAUAUCAAGAUUCCUUAAAGAUUGUACUGGUUUCACUUUACGUCCGGUAGCCGGUUUAUUAUCAUCACGCGAUUUCUUGGCUGGCUUAGCUUUCCGAGUAUUCCAUUCCACUCAAUACAUAAGACAUCCGAGUAAGCCUAUGUACACGCCCGAACCGGAUGUUUGCCAUGAAUUGUUAGGUCAUGUACCUUUAUUUGCUGAUCCAGAUUUUGCUCAAUUCAGUCAGGAAAUAGGCCUAGCUUCUCUUGGCGCUCCUGAAGAAUACAUAGAGAAAUUAGCUACUAUUUACUGGUAUACCGUUGAAUACGGCAUGUGUCGCCAAGAUGGCCACUUAAAAGCGUAUGGCGCCGGCUUACUUUCCUCGUUCGGUGAGUUGGAAUAUUGUCUCACGGACAAGCCCGAGCAUCGUGAAUUCGACCCAGAGAUAACUGGUACCACCAAAUAUGUGAUUACAGAAUUCCAAAAGAUCUAUUACGUUGCGGAAAGUUUUGAAAGCGCCAAAAUAAAAACUAUGCAAUUCGCUAACACUAUACCGCGUCCCUUUGGAGUACGCUACAAUGCUUACACUGAAAGCAUUGAAGUUUUGGAUUCCAAGAAGCAAAUCAAUAAUUUGAUGAAAAACAUCGAAACCGAAUUUCAAAUUUUACAAAAUGCGGUCAAUAAAUUAAAAGUUUAAUUAACGGCAGAGCAUAACAUAAGUAGUUAAGUUAACAUAUUUUAAACUUUUUUUCGUUUUCUUUUUUAAAUAAAAAAACCUGAGAUUAUUAGAUAA